AUGAAGAUUAUCAUCCUCUGUCUCUUGGUUCUGGUCGCUUUGACCUCAGCCAGAUCUAUCUCCAACCAGGAGAAGAAGUUCCUUAACUUCCAAACCAAGUACCAGAAGCAAUACGCUUCAUUUGAGUACAAUGAGCGUUUCGAGAUCUUCAAGACCAACCUUGCAAGAAUCAACGAGUUGAACGCUUUGGCCAAGUCACUCAAGUCCUCUGCCAAGUUUGGCGUCAACGCCUUUGCUGAUCUCUCCGUCGAGGAGUUCAGAGAGUACAACCUCAACGCCGUCGUUAGACCAGGUCGCCGUGCUGACGUCCCAGUCGCCCCAGAGAUGGACGUCACCAACAUGCCAGCCUCAUUCGACUGGAGACCCAAGGGAGCCGUCACCCCAGUCAAGAACCAAGGUCAAUGUGGUUCAUGCUGGUCCUUCUCCACCACCGGAAACAUUGAGGGUCAAUGGUUCCUUGCUGGUAACACUCUUGUCGGUCUUUCCGAGCAGAACCUUGUGGACUGUGACCAUCACUGCGCCACCUACGAGGGAUUCUACAGCUGCGAUGCUGGCUGCAAUGGAGGUAUGCAAGAGAAUGCCAUGGACUACAUCAUUGCCAACGGAGGCAUUGACACCGAGGCUUCAUACCCAUACACCGCCGAGAAUGGCACCUGCCACUUCAAUCCAUCCAACAUUGGUGCCAAGAUCUCCAACUGGACCUACGCCCCAUCCAACGAGACUCAACUCGCUGCCUACCUCGCUGUCCACGGACCAAUCUCCAUCUCUGCCGACGCUGAGAUGUGGCAGUUCUACAUCUCUGGAGUCUUUGACUUGCCAUGCGGUAAGAACUUGGACCACGCAAUCUUGCUCGUAGGCUAUGGAAGCCAGCAACUUCACGACCAUUCCAAGGAUAUCUGGUUGGUCAAGAAUUCCUGGGGUGCUGACUGGGGAGAGCAAGGAUACAUCUAUUUGGAGCGUGGAAUCGGCCAAUGUGGAAUGAACGAGUGGCCAAUCAAUGCCAUCAUCUAA